AAAGGCAGAAAAUAAGAGAGAUGCGAAAACGAAACUAAACGAAACGAAACGAAACGAAACGGAACGAACAGCCGCCUCGAAGCGAGCGCCGUCGCGUUCCGUUGCGUAACAGAGCGAUUAGAGCCGAAAUCGUCUAAAUGGAUAAAAAUUUGAUUUUCGAAAGCGAGAUUCGAUCGCGAUUCGUUGGCGUUUCCUAUGCAUCGUCGGGGGGGUAUAGGUGGGCCGGUCGAAAGAAGCGAGAAAGAUAGACGAAGGAGGCGCGGUGAGACGCGAUUGGUGAAAGGCGAAAGGGAAAAGGGGAGAGGAAGAGGGCAGCGGCGGUAGGCUGGUACACGCGUUGCCCCGAAUAAGAGGAAGCGAGCACGAACGGGUACGAGACGGCGUGCGAAGCGGGAUGACGUUGUUUGCGCUUGUGACGUCACUCGCAAUUGCAGAGAUAGCAACGAUAGACUCGAGGAUGCAGCGGCGUGCGUCACGUGGACCCGAAUCCGGGUCUCGGAGGCCGGGAUUCCGGAGAUACGAGAUUCGAGAGCGGCGUUGUGGGAACACGGGAGGGAAACGAAACACCGUCCGAUCGGCGGGGAUAUAUCGUGACGAUUUCAAUUUAGGAUGGACGACGAGGAGGCGAGGGCGGACGCUCGCUCGAGACGUUUUUCGAUCAAAACCGUUGACGAGCUCGAUUUAGGCUCGGUUUAACCAACCAUCUAGGAACAAAGUUGGAAAUGGGAGGAAACGAGAGACGUGACGAGACGAGACGAGGGCAAGGACGGGAGCAUCGUCGACCGAUCCGCGUCUCUCGUUUCUGCAACCUUUCCGGCCAGUCGGUGGACGGUCGGUUGGUCGCGUGGACGGGCAAAUUGUCGAGACCGUCUCGAAACGUCUCGGCCAGUUUCCGGCGUUUCCUCGCCAGUUUACGAUACUCACCGACGUCCAAUCAUGACGCGCACACUCUCGUUCACGGACCAUGCCUAGAACGAGCCUCGCAUUCCGUUCUAGUUGCGACAUCGACGCGCACCGUAACCCCAAAAUCUUCGCGAUUUUUACCUUUCGAAAAACGUAUCUCUCUCUCUCUCUCUCCCUCUCAUCUUUCUUCCUUCUAUCUUUUUCUCGACAGAUUCGAUCGCUACGAAGAUAAGAUCAUAGACGGACCGUCGCACGUAGUGGUGGAUGAUAAACGGGCGGGCGGAGGGAAGAAGGGAAGAUUGGCGAGAAUCGAGGAAGAAUUUUGGAUCGAUUUUUGGGGGUCGGAUCACGGAGCGAAUGGUGGGACGGGCGGAGAGGGGGAAGUGCGCGUGGUUGUAGAGAUCGUCGGCGAGGCGGUGCUACGAGGAGGAGGAGGAGGAGGCGGCGGUGGCGGCUAACUGCUGGUGGUGCUGCGGCAGGUGCGGGGGGGCGCUCGGUCGCCGAAGACGAUGCUCGGGAGGAUCGGAAGAGAGGAGGUGUUCUCCGGCAAUGGCUGAUCGCGGCCGGCGCUAUGCUCGCCGCGUAUAAGAACGCGCGAAGACGUGCGUUCGCCGCGCUUUACGCGAUUCCGAAUUCGUGGCAGCAGAAAGUGUCGAUCGUUGGGGAUCCGCCGCGACUCGCAUCGGCCGCGGUGCGACGCGCUUCUUCGCUUCUGUGAUCUCGGCAAUACAUCGUUUACGAGGAAUACGGUUUCUUCUCUUUCUUUUCCCUCCCUCUCGAUUGAGAUGCUCCUCGACUCGGGUCGGCGGAGGUCGGCGGCGGUCGGCGCGGUCGGACGGUCGCAGGGCAGGUGAGGGGAGCGGUCGAAGAGAGGAGGACUUUCGGGAAAAAAGGAAACGAAAGGAAAGAAAGAACGAUUCGGAGAAGCGAAGGGGAUUGUUAAGAGAGGGAGAGGGAGAGAGAGAGAGAGCAACACGUAACGCGCGAUGAUGCGUGCCUCCGAGGACGCGUAGCGGCGGUCAUGCCGCGCGAUUCGAGCCGAUAUCAUCCUCGUCGCCGUGGCCGUCGCCGUCGUCGUCGCUUCACCGACGUCCAAUCACGGAGGAGGAUCGUUGCCGGCGCAACGCGGAGGUCGUGGUGGUUGCUGGCAAGAAAGGAGGAAACAUGAGCUCGAUCGACUUCGACGAGGUGUUGGUGCACGUGGGCGAGAAGGGAAAAUAUCAGAAUAUCAUGUACUAUCUCCUCUGCAUAUCGGCCACGCUUCCAGCCGCUUUCCUGGCCUUCUCCCAAGGAGCUGGGAGCUUUAAAACGAUUUUGAUCGAACGAUUGGCAGGUGUUCGUGAGCGCGUCCCCGGAGCAUUGGUGCAGGAUCCCCGAGCUGGAGAAUUUGACGGGCCUGAUGACGCUGGAGGAGAGGAAGGCGUUGUCGUUGCCCUACGUGGAGAAAUCGGACGGGAAGGUGAAGAAGUACGAGAAGUGCAAGAUGUACGAUGUGAAUUACACGGCGAUCGUGGAGUCGUGGUUGGGGAACGCGAGCAGGGAGGAGGGGGAGGACGGGGCGAGAUCGACGAGGAGCCGACUGCCGCCUCCGCCGGUCGGCAGCCCGGAUUGGCCGGUCACCAAGUGCCGGCACGGGUGGAUCUACGACAACCGGGACUACGACAGCACCCUGGUCACCGAGACUUGGUAUGCGACAACAGCUGGUGGCCUUCCACCUCUACGACCUUCUUCUACGUCGGCAGCCUGUUUGGGAACGUGGUGUUUGGCUGGAUCGCGGACAAAUGGGGCAGAAGGACGGCCUUCUUCGCUAUACUGUUCCUCGAGGUCAUAUUCUCGAUCGCCACCAGCUUCAGUCCCAACUACGUCAUCUACACAGCGCUCAGGACCGUGAACGGCCUCUCUUUUCCAGCCAUCUAUCAAAUACCUUUUAUACUAGCGCUGGAAUUGAUGGGGCCGAGAUACAGAACGUUCGCCGGGAUGGUGAUUUGCAUGUUCUUCGCGUCGGCGAUGUCUCUUCUGGCCGUGCUGGGCUACUUGCUCAGGCACUGGUUCACCCUCUCCCUGGCAACCUCCGUCCCCUUCGUUCUGCUCUUCAGCUACUACUGGAUCAUCCCGGAAUCGCCGCGAUGGCUGCUCAGCAAGAACAGAAUAGACGAGGCGGAGGUGAUCGUUCAACGGAUGGCGAAGAUCAACGGGAAAACGGUGCCGAACAAUUUUCUUCGAAAGAUGGAGGUGGAGAUAUUGCGGAGGCAGGGGAUAUCUUGCAACGGGACGAAUUCGGGGGACGGGUCGGGGGAACCGGCCGAGAACGAGGACAGAUCGCCUCCACCCGCGGCCACGCCUAUGGAUCUGAUCAGAAAUCCAAACAUCAGGAAGAAGUUCUUCAUCCUGGCGUUCGACUGGGUGGCGAACGCGGUCGUCUAUAACGGAUUGUCGUACAACGCGACCAACCUCGGCGUCUCCGAUUAUCUGGCCUUCUUCAUCGGCGGACUCGUGGAAAUACCGUCGUACGUGAUCACGUGGUACGCGAUGGAUCGAUUGGGGAGGAGAUGGGUGUUGUGCCUGACCAUGCUUUUAGGCGGCCUCGCUUGCGUCUCUUGCAUGUUCGUUCCCGAAGACGCCGUAUGGGUGACGGUGUCACUGGCUAUGAUCGGGAAAUUCGGUAUCGCCGCCUCGUUCGCCGUGUUCUACGUGUUCGUCGGGGAAUUGUUGCCGACCGUGUUGAGGUCGCAAGCGAUGGGCAUCGCCUCGUUCAUAGCUGGCAUCGGUCUCCUCGCUUUCCCGUACAUCGUCCAUCUGGCGGUCUACUCGAGAGUCCUGCCGCUGAUCAUAAUGGGCACGCUGAGCGUAGCAGGCGCCCUCACCUCCAUCUUCCUUCCGGAAACGCUCAACAUCCAUUUGCCUCAAACGAUCGAGGAAGGCGAGUUGUUCGGCGCCGAUUUCAAGCUCUGGUCCUGUCCAACGUUGCCAAGAAGAGAAAACUCGGACUCGGAGGAAAAAUCGGAAUCGAUGCCGCUCAGGUUCCUGGUGAACGGUCGGCCGGGAAAUCCAUCGUUGGCUGCCCCCGCGUUGCAGGAAGAAUCGACGAGCUCGGCUGCGACCACCGCAAACGAGACGGAAGCGGACAACACUCGUCCCGUCGUUCAACGCGCGAGUAGUAUCCCGACGGAUAGUGGUGUGGUGGAGGUCGCCACUUGUGCCGAGAAAAGAUUCGACGAUCCAUUGGCUGUGGUCGUUAUCGAGCGAGGAAGAACGCAGUGAAUCGCGGACUGUUCGCCGUUCCUGUCGAGAUUGUUGCCUCUACCGUGCACGGUAGAUAUACCGACGCGUUAAUGUGUAAUAACGCGUCUAAUUACGCGUGUUUGAAAAAUACUAUGUUCCGUUCUCGUUCGUUCGCGAUUUCUCUGAAUUUCGAUCGAUAACCCCUCCCCCUCGUCGCGGGAUAGACGAGGUGAAAUGAGGUGAGAGCGCGAGAGAAAGAAAGAGAGAGAAAGAGAGUAGAAACGAUGGGAAAAGGAACGGGAAUCAUGGCUAGACGCGAUCCUUCGCGUCUCCAAGGAGAAACGGACGUUCGUCUGUUUCUGUUUGCCCGAAACGCUUUUGGUAGAUAGAUACCAUCGAGUCGAGGAUCCACGAAUUUUUACCUCGUCCUUGGGUGUCCCACGGACCACCUAUGCGGAUGCUCGAUUGAAAUUUCUGUCUUGGUCUGGCCGUAGUUGAAAUUUUCGUGCCGUUUUUUCCUUCCGUUUGCCGUUACAAAAAUGCGGGAAAUCGUGCA